UCGGUGACGCCGGAGUGUCGAGUCGCUCCACGGUUACGUUUCCUUCUUACGACUACAUUUUUUUUUUGUUUCUUUUUUUUGUUUUAUGCAAUUUUAUCAACAAUACUGGACGUUUAGUUGCGUAUUGAACUGGCUUGUUUGUGUUUAAUGUGCUUUUAGUUCGGAGAUAUACAAAAUGACUAUUAUAUCAUCGUCUUUUCUCAAGCAGCUAUGGCUGACGUUCGGAGCGUCUCUGGCAUUUCUAAUCAUCGGUCUGGUGCGGGGCUACUCGGCCUCCUCGAUACCGUCAAUUGAGAGUCUCGACCCCUCCUUCAUACAGCACAGCGAACAGAAAUCAUGGAUAGGAGCUAUCCCACCGUUAGGUGCGUUCGUGGGCAGCAUGCUGUCAGGGCCACUGAUGCAGCGAGCUGGUCGCAAGCGCACUCUACAGAUGACAGCUCCACUCUGGGGCGGCGGUUGGCUGCUACUAGGCUUUGCUCCUGGCUUCGCUCUCAUUCUUGUAGGCCGGUUCAUGUCUGGACUAUGCGUUGGCUUUGUAUUAGCACCCGCACAAGUUUACGUGAGCGAGUGCUGCGACCCCGAGAUUCGAGGCCGGCUAGGCUCGCUGCCCACGCUCUCUAUGUCUCUGGGUAUCCUCAUCUCCUACGUGGCCGGCAACUGGCUUUAUUGGAGACAUCUCGCUUUUUUGUCCGCUGUCUUUUGUGCGGCCCUCUUCUUAGUUCUCCUUCCACUGCCCGAGUCUCCAGUAUGGCUGAAGGCGCGUGGUCUGGACGCCGAGCCAGCAAUCAAAUGGCUGCAGUUGUCUAAUCGCGCCGUUGCCAUUGUCAAGGAUGAUGACAAACAUCCUGAAAAAGCGCCUGAAACAGAACCAAAGAGUUUAUUUACGAGGGAAGUGUUCCUAUCGUCAGCGGUUAUGAAGCCUCUCAUUGUCGGCUUCGCUUUGCUCAUCUUCCAGCAGUUCAGCGGUAUCGACGCCGUUAUAUUCUUCACUGUUGAGAUCUUCCAGAGUGCAGGAAGUAAGUUAGACGCAAUGACGGCGACGAUAAUAGUCGGUGCAGUUCAGUUGAUCAGCAACGGUGUGAGUACGAUGCUCGUAGAUCGCGCAGGGCGGCGGCCGUUGCUGCUGCUCUCAGCGGUUACGAUGUGCGUCUCCAUGGCCUCCAUGGGAGCAGCUUUCUACUUCCAGUUCGAAGCCGAAUCCUGGCUGGGAUACCUGCCUAUCGUCAGUCUAGUGGUGUUUAUGCUCGGUUUCUCCCUCGGCUUCGGCGGCCUACCGUUCUUACUACUGGGCGAGCUUUUCCCGACUCAAUAUCGCUCCCAACUUUCAGCCAUGGCCAGCGCUGUCAAUCUCCUCUCCAUGUUCACCGUUAUCAAGUCGUACCAUGCUUUGGAAGCUGUGCUGACGUCAGCGGGCACAUUCUGGAUGUACACCGCGUUCUGCGCAAUGGCGUUCUUUUUUGUCCUAUUCAUGGUCCCCGAGACGAAAGGGAAAUCGCUCGCUGAAAUCGAAGAACAUUUCCGCGGUAAGAAACGCAACGAGAUCGUACAUUUGCAAACGAUCUCGUAAUCUCUAAGAAAUUAUUGGAAAAGAUAUAGAUUAACAAGGAAUCAUGUUUUCCUAUUUGUUAAUAUCUGGUAUUAAUUGAUCGAGAAUUGUCAUAACCUAUGUAAAGAAAAGUGAUGGAG